UACGGUCAUCUCGAAACCAAUGAAACUGUGUCCAAUAUAAAUCCAAGUGCCGCUGCUGAUGAUUCUUAUAAAUCAGCACAAAUCACAGCAACUAAUGACAGUGAAAAGAGUUGUGUGACUAACUUGAGUGCUGCAAUAUGUGAUAGCACCUAUCAGAGCGAUGAGGGCAGUGUGUCUUCGCCAGAAAUCUCCAUAAACGACGAUGAGAGAUUACCAAAUGGAUGUACCAUGUAUGAUCCGUACGGCGCGCAUGAAUAUAAUAAAGGUUGCUACAGUUCAGGGACAGCGUUGCCAAAUAUUCCAUUUGGAUUUCCGGGUGAACCGCACUUCACCGCCGGUUUUACGGCCUUUCUUGCUCGUCGCAGGCGGAAGGAGGGUCGUCAACGGCGACAACGCACCACCUUUAGCACUGAGCAGACGUUGCGUCUGGAAGUCGAGUUUCAUCGCAAUGAAUAUAUUUCGAGAAAUCGUCGCUUUGAAUUGGCGGAAACGUUGCGUUUAACCGAGACACAAAUCAAAAUUUGGUUUCAAAAUCGACGCGCGAAGGACAAACGCAUUGAGAAGGCACAAAUCGAUCAGCAAUAUAGAAAUUUUGUCGUGGCCAAUGGUUUUAUGACCACAAUCAUGGGACACACAGCGAGCUAUCCACCGCCCAUGCGAAUGAUAACGAAUCUUCAUCAGGGCUUUUACCAACAACAUGCGCCCAAUAACAAUGGCAUUUUACAACCAACACUAACAACUGGUCCAACACCACCAGCACCUUCCGCGCUGCCACCGCCACCAGCGUCGCAGCAACAAACACGCAAUUCGAUCGUGCAACAUACGCGCACACUGGAUGGCCUAAACAAUAACAACAAUGUCGCCACAAGCACACCAUCGCUUGUUGGUAAUUUCUACACACAAACAACGGCACAUUCGGCGCUAGAUCCACAGACGCGCACACCACAGCUAGCCGCUAAUCAGCUUGAACGCCUUGGUGGCCAUUAUGGCGAUUUGAGUGAACGCGCAUUUUACAAGGGCGUAAGCGGAAGUAGUGCCUCUGGUGGCUUAGGUUCACUCAUAGAUUCAUGUUAGCCAAUUGUAAUGGUAGUGAGCGAGUUCUUCUUUGAUUUUUGGUUGCAUUUUAUUUGAGUUUUUUUAUCGUUGAAGUAAAAUUUCCCGAUUUUUGUAUAUAUUAUAGCAUACUAAAAGCUUUGAAUUAAACCCAUUAAUUAUAAUAAUAAAGAUAAUUAAAAAUAAAAAAACAUUACUUUAGUUAAUUCUCAAUUAACGAGAGGCUAGCACCUCGAACGACUGUCAUAGAAUACCUUUAGUUAACCGAAAGCAACAUAUGUUCGAAUGCAAGUCUUCCUAAAGGUCAAUGAAGCCAGCAGCCGAAAUAUAGAGAGAAGAUAGAGAUGGAACGAUAAAUGAAUUUGAGUUUUUUUACGUCUGACUCAAAUUGCCAUUCAAGCUAAUUGUAUGUUUUGAAUAUGGUCAAAAUGAUUGAACUGUUUUUUGGGCAACUACCAAGGCAAACUUACAUGGGGUUACGGAUUUCAAAAAAUAUCGACUUUUUAUUGUCUUAUUAUAUUCUUCAACACCUCUAGAAUAUUGUCCUAAAUUUUCAAAUUAAUCCAAGUAAUAGUUUCGUAGAUACAGCCUUGAGAACAUGUGCCCUCGAGGCUAGCUAGGCUAAGAGCGCCGUCUUUAAACGCGUUUUUCUCGAAACUGUGGGUUUGAAGUCGGUUUACAAGACUUGUCGAAAACUUCUCAGCCGAUCUUCUUGAAAUUUCACAAUUUCGUUGUUACAUAGGCUGCUAUAUAUAUUUCUGGACUAGGCAACAAUAAGUGUUGCCAGGUGCAAUCUGACAUUUCCAUUGGAAAUUUUGACAUUUUUUAGCAUAACAUCACUCAGAACGUUUUGUCAUUUAAUCGUGAAUUGUUUUAUUUACAGGGAAUUAAAAAAUUCAUCUCGGCCAAAAAAUGGAAUUAACUCCUGAACAUUUUCGUGCGAUCAUUUUUCACAACUUUCGACGUGGAUUAUCACGACAAGAGUGCAUCGAUGAACUAAAAUCUUUGUAUGGCUGUGAAGCACCAUCCUAUAGCACUGUGAAAAACUGGUACAACGAACGCUCGCUCAAAGACGAAUUCCGUGAAGGUCGGCCAAAAACAGCCGUUGUGCCAGAAAACAUCGAUGCCGUACGUGAACUGAUAAUGCAAGACCGUCAUGUAACAUACCUUCAGAUAGAGGCAUGCCUAUGCAUUUCUCCCACCAGCAUACAUUCGAUAUUGCAUGAGCACCUGGCCGUAAAAAAGGUUUGUUCCCGUUGGAUCCCGCACAAUUUGACAAUCGCUCAAAAAAAGGCUCGUGUGGAUUGGUGUAAAAAAAUGCUGAAAAAAUACGAUCGAGAUGCUUCAAAAGACGUUUAUAAGA